GCUAUGUCUUAUCUCAGGACUGUUUUAAACGACUCUGUCAUCAUUCAUCCUCCAGGUUUUUAUAUCAUCGGAUUUGAGACGUAUCCCUUCAUCAGUGUGUACUUCAUCUUUCUAGCAUUUGUUUAUGUGGUGACAUUGCUGUUCAAUAGUUUGGUGAUCUAUGUCAUAACCUUUAAUCAUUGUUUACACACUCCAAAGUGUUUGGCUAUUGUGAACCUCGCUGUAAUUGAUAUCAUCCUUAACUCAUGCCUUAUUCCCAGCAUGAUAAAGGUAUUUCUCCUUAAGGACAAUUUUAUUCCAUUCAACUUAUGUUUGGUACAAAUGUUUGUUUACUAUGCUUUCGGGACUUUGGAGUCAUAUGCACUGGCUAUACUUGCCUAUGACCGGUUGAUUGCAAUAUGUUUCCCUCUGCGUCACAACGCAAUUAACACACUGCAGAGCAUGUCUUGUAUUGUUGGCCUGAGUUGGGGUAUUGCUCUUGGAAUAGUUGCGUUUGCAACAGGUAUAAUGACUCGAUUGUCUUUCUGCAAUUCUGUCAGAGUGUUCAGCUAUUUCUGUGACUACGCACCUGUGUUUAGACUCGCCUGUAAUGAUUACACAUUGCAUUGGUCUGUGGCUUCAAUAUCUAGUUUGGUGAGUCAGGUUGGCCCCUUAUCUUUUAUUAUACUGUCCUAUGUCAGCAUCCUGGUGACUGUGUUCAGGAUGAAAUCUAUAGACAGUCGGUUGAAAGCUCUGGCCACUUGUGUUGAGCAUAUUAUCCUUGUUGCUGUAUAUUACAUUCCAAUUAUGACCAUUUUUUCUAUUGGAUUUUAUCUGCGUCUCAUUGACCCAGACCAGCGUGUGCUGAGUCUGUCACUGGCCUCUUGCAUCCCACCCUGCCUCAAUCCUAUUGUAUAUUCUUUGAAAACCAAAGAGAUCAAAAUCAGAGCCCUUGCACUGGUCAGAAAAAAUACGUUUGAUACAGACCAACAUAAGAGCAAACCUCAGAGGGUUAAUAAAACAUUGCAAUAA